CGCCACCUGUGCGCUCCGCCCGCUUGGCACCUGACGGGGCUCCUCCCUUUUCCCGGGGCGCCGCCCCCUGCCCUCCCCCACCUGCCGGACACGCCCCCGCGCGAGUGGCUCCUCCCCCCUCCGGUUUCCCCGCCUCCCCCUCGCCCCAGCUCCCGGGCUCCGGCUCCUGCACCUGCUGCUGCUGCUGCUCUCGCUUUUCUCCUGGCCGCGCGUCGGGCGCCUCCUCGGGGAACGGGCGCGAUGGAGCCUCUGCCGCUGGCGCUGGGAUUGGCUGCGUUGCUGGGCCUUUCUUACGGUGCGCUGCAGGUCCAGGUUGGAGCAAAGUCGGUGGUGGUGAUUCAAGGACAGCGGGCCAUCCUGCCCGUUUGGUAUACACCUGAGAGCACGGAGCAGCCCUUUGUCACCUGGCACCUUGAAAGGCCUCAUAAACAUUCACAGAUCAUGGUGUACAUGACCGGCGGGACAAAAGUGGUAGAUUCGGAUUUCAGCCGUCGGCUCAGCUUCCUCUAUCCCAUGCCUUUCAGUAAUGUCUCCAUUGCAAUUAAUAAUACCAAAGAAACCGACUCAGGGCAGUACAUGUGCACAGUGAACCUCCUCAACAGUGGGAGCGAGCAAAACAUUGGACUCAUCAACCUUACAGUCCUAGUUCCUCCAUCCCAGCCAAAGUGUCAGAUUCAUGGAAGCCCUCGUGUCGGGGGGAACAUUACCCUGACCUGCAAUUCUACUUUUGGCAAGCCUAUCCCUAAGUACAACUGGAGACGCACUGGACCCACCGAUCAAGUUUUCUUUGAACCUGUGCAAGACCGCAAGAGGGGGAUUCUGAGGCUAAACAACCUCACGGCGGGUAUGUCCGGAACCUAUUUCUGCAAUGCUUCCAGUGAUGCUGGCUCUUCCAGCUGCACCAUUGCCCUGGAGGUGUAUCCACCGAUCAAUGGAGCCAUGGUGGCUGGUGCCGUCAUAGGAGCCCUCAUUGGACUUGGCCUGAUCAUUUUGUUUCCACUCCAGAUGCUUUUCUACAGAAGGAAGAUGAAAGAAUCACAGGAGGAGAUGGCCAAUGAGAUCAAGGAAGAUGCUGUUGCCCCAAAGACUCUUUCUUGGGCAAAAAGUCCUGGCUCUGAUAUCGUCUCCAAAAACGGCACCUUGUCCUCCAUGAACACGACCCGGGAUCACAAACUCUACCCGUCCAAGCCGCCCUCAGACACGGCCUCCAUCACCACAGCCACUGGGAGCACGGUGGGCUACAAGCCCCCUUUCAGCAACCACCGCGGUGGGACCCACACGCCGACGCCCAGCCUCUCCAGCCAGUCCUUGCCCCUCUACUUCCCGCCGAUGGCAAACGGGGUCCAUUGCCACCACACCAAUGUGCCAAUCCAUAGGAAUACCCUCCACAGGACAAACGGGGCUCAGCCACAGGCCCCCCGACUACACGAGCCUGCCGCCCCCACCCAAGGGCUCACCUCCUCCACCCUGAGCCGCAUGGGGGCCGUACCCGUCAUGGUGCCUGCUCAGAGCCAAGCGGGAUCCUUGGUGUAAGGGCUUGGCGGCGCCCUCCAAGUGGUUCUAGCAAUCCCAUGCAAUGCAGAGAGGCUAGAAGCACUGGCUCUGGGAUGUCUGCCUGCCUGCCUGCCUGCCUUCAGAGCUCCUGGGCGAGGUUUGGCAGAUGUGUCCUUCAAAGGAGCAGUUUUCAAGGAACCGCCAUCAAUGAGACUUUGCAAAGACUUGUGA